UGUUUUCCCGACCUUCCCUCUUAAAUUCUUCUCCAACGGCUUUCAGCUUUACAGCCAUGGCGAUUCUAGGGUUGAUCGGGAGGGUCGCCGGAAUAAGUCGUAAAAGCUCGAGAGUCAGAGCUUUCCCAGAACUAAACUCCCAUAUUAGGGAUUUUUCAGAUGGUAAUGUCUUCCAUGGCGAUGAUGCUACUCUCCCUGUUUUGAUCGUAGGUGCUGGACCAGUAGGCCUCGUUCUCUCCAUCCUUCUCACCAAAUUAGGAGUGAAAUGUACUGUUGUGGACAAAAAUACGAACUUUUCAAAACAUCCUCAAGCGCAUUUUAUCAACAACCGAUCCAUGGAGAUCUUCCGUAAAUUGGAUGGAUUAGCUGAAGAGAUCGAAAGGUCACAACCACCUGUAGAUUUGUGGAGAAAAUUCAUAUACUGCACAUCUCUCUCUGGUUCAACUCUUGGUACGGUGGAUCACAUGCGACCUAAAGACUUUGAGAAGAUUGUCAGCCCAGUUUCUGUUGCUCACUUCUCCCAGUACAAGUUGACAAAUUUACUACUUAAGAGGUUGGAAAACCUCGACUUCCAUGUGCGAAGAUUAGAAGGGGAGCUUGAUCCUAUCGGCGGGAGGCAAAUUCUGAUGGGACAUGAAUGUGUGGCUAUUGAUGCUAAAAAUGAAAGUGUUACUGCAACUGUUUCUUUUCUGAAAGGAGGGAAGCACAUGAGAAGAAAUAUACAGUGUAGAACACUCAUUGGUGCUGAUGGUGCGGGAAGUGCCGUAAGAAGUCUUGCAGGCAUAGAAAUGAGGGGUGAAAAAAACUUGCAAAAGCUUAUCAGUGUUCAUUUCAUGAGCAGAGAGUUGGGGGAGUACCUGCGCAAUAGCAGACCAGGAAUGUUGUUUUUCAUUUUUAACACUGAAGCAAUAGGAGUGCUUGUUGCGCAUGAUCUUCAGCAAGGAGAGUUUGUGUUGCAGAUACCAUACUACCCACCUCAACAGACUCUGUCUGAUUUCAGUCCUGAGAUAUGCAAGAUGUUGAUAUUCAAAUUGGUUGGUCAAGAGCUUGCAGACUGCAAUGUUGUUGAUGUAAAGCCAUGGGUUAUGCAUGCUGAAGUUGCUGAGAAAUUCAUCUGCUGUGAGAACAGAGUGAUACUUGUUGGUGAUGCUGCUCAUCGAUUCCCGCCUGCAGGGGGUUUUGGAAUGAACACUGGAAUUCAGGAUGCUCAUAAUCUCGCAUGGAAAAUUGCAGCUCUUGUAAAGGGAACUGCACAAUCUUCAAUUCUUAAUACCUAUGAGACAGAACGUAGGCCGAUUGCCCUUUUCAAUACCUCACUCAGCGUUCAGAACUUCAGAGCAGCUAUGUCAGUGCCUUCAGCCCUAGGCCUUGAUCCAACAGUUGCAAACUCAGUUCAUCGGCUAUUAAAUACUACAAUCGGUUCCAUCUUUCCGUCUGGACUGCAAAAGACGAUCUUGGAUCGGGUCUUUGCGGCAGGUCGUGCACACCUUUCAGAAUCUCUGUUGAAUGAGAGCAAUCCACUGGGAUCUUUGAGGCUUAGAAGACUUAAGAGUGUCUUCGAAGAAGGAAAGAGCCUUCAACUUCAGUUUCCCGCUGAGGAUCUCGGAUUCAGGUAUCUUGAGGGAGCCCUCGUUCCAGACAAUGGGUCUGCAGAUGUCGAUCUUGAAGUGCCCACUGGUCGUAGAAGAGACUACGUUCCUUCUGCUGAUCCAGGUUCAAGACUGCCUCAUACAUACGUGAGAAUAUUGUCAGAUUCUCCAAGCGAGGACAUUGUUUCAAUUUUGGAUCUUGUUUCCAUAGAAAAAGUGGAGUUCCUCCUUAUAAUAGCGCCAUUUGAGGAGUCCUACCAGUUGGCUCGUGCUACCUUCAAAGUGGCCGAGGAGUUCAGAACCAACGUUAAGGUAUGCGUGUUGUGGCCUAGCGACAAUGUCGAUGGAACAAAAGCACGGAGCAAACAGGCAUUGGCUCCAUGGCAAAACUAUAUCAAUGUCAUGGAACUUAAAAGGCAACCGGGUGAAGCCUCGUGGUGGAGUAUCUGUAAGAUUACUGACAGAGGAUCCAUCUUAGUACGACCCGACGAGCACAUUGCUUGGCUUGUGAAGUCCAUUGUUGCUGGUGAUCCCACUUUGCGGAUGCGGGAGGUCUUAUCUACUAUACUUGGAUUCAACCAAUAAGUUAUAACAGCAGGAGCUGUGGUCUGUACCCGAAGAAGGAUGAGAGCUGACUAGUGAAAUUACAGUAGAGGUUCAUCCCGAUGACCCAAGUAUCCGAUAGCCAUGCCUCAGGUUCCAAAGAAUUCCACCAGCAACAUCUAGCUGAUGAAAACCAAAAGCGAUGAAUGUACUCAAGGACCAACACAUUCAUCCGAGAUAUAUUAUAAUUCGACAAAGCUCUCGUUCUCAUCGAGAUUUCGAGGGAGCUUGGAUGCUGGUUUGAUCUCUCGGGCUAACAUAAACCCAUAUUCAUUCACAUUCUGAUCAUCUUUAUGUAGAUUAUGAAUGUGUACGAGCUUCACCUGUAAAAUAAAGAAGGCUGCCAAGAUAUGUAUACAGCAUAUGGUGGAAAGAAGAAUUAAGAAUGCAUCGGGUUUCUAAUAAAAAAUGAUCGGUUUUAGUGUAUAGAUUUUUUUCUGUUCAUUUUCACCCCCCAUAUUACAAUAGAAUCUUGGAUUGUACCCUAAUAUUAUUUUUCUUAUCAAGACCCCCCCCACCAGUGUAUAACUUUAUCAUAACGCACAUUCAGUGCAUUCUCAAAGCAUUUUAAGUUCAACGCUCA